AUGGGGCGCUUGGUUGUUUCUGCUGGAGAUGGCGCUGUUCAAAGCUCAACCAACUUGUCACUUCUGAGACAUGGUAUCUCAAUCUGGGUAGAUGUUCCUUUAGAUAUUGUAGCCAGUGAAAUAGUAGAAAAGGGGGCUCAGUUAUUUAGAACCGAGAUUUCACCAUCUGCAUCUCAUUCUGAGGUGUUAAGUCAACUAACUACAAUGUAUGAAGAAUUGCAAGGAGGGUAUGCCACUGCAGAUGCAACCAUUUCACUCCAGAAAGUUGCUGGUUUGCUGGGUUAUGAUGAUUUAGAAGCUGUUAGUGCUGAAAACAUGGGAUUGGAGCUGCUGACUGAGCUUGAAAAACUUAUAAGAGUAAAAAAGAUGAUGGAAGAAGCUGCCAGGCCAUUUUAG